GGAAUUGGGAAGAAGCACACUCACAUUCCAUUUUCUGAUUUUCAUUUCACGACUUCUCAUCUUCCCCCCACCCGUCUUCUUCUAACACUGAACUUCUGGCGUACUACACUAAUACAUCCUAGGUUUCAUUUCAUUCGCAAAAAACGGAGUAAUUCCAAGUGCCCAUUAAAAUUACUGUCUAGGGUUGAUUAUCUGAUGUUAAUAUAGUGGAAAUCCGCCAUUUUUGUGUAAUUGUGUUGUUGACUUGUGGGUAGUAGAAAAUGAGUUCAAUUUCGGUCAAGCAGUCACCCAAGAGCAGCAAUUGCUCUGGGGGUUCACAAACUCCUUCGAUUUCCGGCUUAAUCGGGGGUUUGAAAACGUCGUUUCUCGACAAGGAUUAUACGGCAGCUGUGAGGAAAUUGAAGGAGAGGGAGGAGGGUUUGAGGAAGGAGAUAGAGAGGGAGGUGGGUUUGAGGAAGGAGAAGGAAGAACUUGUGGUUAAAUUGAGGGAGAAGAGUGACAUUUUAGAGACUGAUUUUCGGGAGUUGAAUAUGAAGAAUCUUGUGUUGGAGGGGGAAUGCAAGUUAUUGAAGCGGGAAUUGGAAGUAAAUGAUGAUAAGUUGAAUGAUUUAGAUAGGGAAUUGAGGUCGGUGAAGGAGAGCGAGAGGAUGUCGAUCGAGAGGUGUGGUCGUAUGGUUGGCGAGCUUAGGGAAAUGGAGGGUGAGAAGCAGAGUUUUAUUCAAAAUUUGUCUGAUUUGAGUGAUAUGGUGGAUGAAAUGAAGAGAAAGUUUAGGGAAAAGGAAGAAAAAAUGGUUGAGGCUUUGGGGAAGAAGGAUGCUAAGUUGGAAGAAUUGGAGAAGAAGCUGAAAUUCGAUGCCCAUUUGGUAGAAUUAAAGAGAGAGAAUACGGAGAAGAUGAAGGAGCUGGAUGAACUAAAGAAAAUAUUGAAGGGAAAGGAAGAAGAGAUGGUUGAGGCUGUGAAGAAGAAGGAUGCUCAGUUGGAAAAACUGAAAAGAGAUACCCAUUUGGAAAAAUUAAAGAGGGAGAAAGAGGAGAAGAUGAAUGAAGUUGAGAUUGCGCAACUUAAGGCCCAAGUUAAAGCUCAGAGGGAAGAACUGGAGGGUGUGCAAAGGACGAAUGCGUCUUUGGAGGAGCGAAAGGCAGAAUUUGAUGCCCGUGUUAAAGAGCUAACGAAAGGUAAUGAAGAAAAAGAUGAGAGAAUUAAGAAGUUGGGAGAGGAAAUUGAGAUUUCAGAGAAGGGAAAAAAUGAAAUUGUGAAAGAGAGGGAUGAGCAAAUCCAAGAACUCAGGAAAGAGAGAGAGGGUUUAGGUGUAAAGAUCAGGGAUUUAAAAGCAAAGUUCGGGCUCGUGGAAGAGAAUUUUUUGAAACUUGAGGGGGAUGUGAUCACUUCUUUGUGUUUGGAUUUGGGGAGAAACAAAAGAUUUGCAAGUACUUAUCUUGGUAAAGUUUUAUCCGGAGUAAUUAAGGCUCUCGAUUCUGGAAAAGUUAGUCAUACUUGCAGUGCAGGAAUGGCUAAAGAUGGAAAUCCUCAGGAAGCAGAUUCGGGAUUUGUUCCUCACACCAAUGAACCAAAAUACUGUUUGAAGUCAGAAAAGCAAUCUCCAGAUGCUGUCAAGAGGACAUUGGAUUUUGAGACAGAUGAGGCUACUGGCAACAAGAGCACUACAUUUGCUGAACCUAUCAUCAUUGACAGUGAUGAUGAUAAUGAGACUCUUCUUCAUGCUAACACUGUUAAAAACAAACGACAUUAUCAUAAUCUUGAUGGUUCAAGCAAUGAUACCCUGGAUUCAUUACAUAAGAUGAAGAAAUUCAAACAAGAAGUCAAGCAAGAACCGUCAACUCCUGCUUUAUCAACUACUAAAAGCGACCAUUUUUUCAGCGCUUCGCAGAGGCAAUCAUUGACUAUAAAAAAAUGUGAUGGAAAGCAGGGGACAGAAGAGAGAGAGCCAACAUGUAGUUUUCCUAAAGCUGUUGACAGUAAUUGUAGUAAUGAAACCCCCAAAGCUGGAAAAACUUGUAGCCUUCGGGUUAAAGAGUUCUUAAACGCUAGCAGGGAAAGGGUGAAAAAGAAAAUGCUGGAAUGUGGUGCCGAUAUGUUAUGUGCUUUGGAAGAGGAUGAUGACUUUUGUGCCAAGGCAGUGUGUGCAUUGUACAGGCUAUCAGGGAUGAAUGGUUUGAUUUUUUCAGGAAGCAAAGGAUUUGAAGAGUGUGAUCUUGAAAGGGUGGCUGCACUGGCGAAAAUUCUAACAGAUGGGGGGGAUCCAAGUGGCAAACCGAAGAAGUCAUUGGUUCAAUUACUGCAGGGCGAUCUUGGCGAUUGCAGACGACUUGCUUUGAAGUAUCACAAGCAAUUGUUGGAUAUCUAUAGAAAGAGAAUGGAUCCUCUGUUUUCUCCCUAGUCAAGUGAUUUGCACUCUGCAGUACAAGUAAGCUGUCAUUGAAAGUCGCCUUCUAAUAUUUUUGGAUGGGAUUUUAGAGAAUUCUCUUUUGCACAAGUAGAAAAAGUCUGUCAAGUCAGUUCUUUUCUGGGUGUUUCUGACUUGUACAUAAUGUGAAUGAAACUAGUAAAUUGGCUAUUCUUAGGUCUCAGUUGAUCCUUCUUGUUCAUCAUAGAGUAACGUCGUACAUAAUGUGAAUGGAACUAGCAACUGGGAUAUACUUAACUUAGGUCUCAGUUGACCCUUCCCCUAACCCGUACAGUAAUGUUGUUGAUGGGAAGAUGGUCAUUUUGUUGAUGAUUUUGGAAGAAGAAAAUUGGAGGGUCUGGUUCUACUUUCUCGA